GGAUAGAAGGAGACGAGCGAAGGGGCGAGAGAAAGGAGCGCAGAGAGAGAGACAUAUAAAGGAAAAGAAAGAGAGAGAGACAGAGAGAUAGAGAAAAUGAAAGGGGGAGAGCGAAAGGAAAAUAUAGAAAGAGAUAUAGUGACAGAGAAAGAAAGAUGCUGAAAGAAUUAGAGACAAAGAAAUAGAACGACGUAAGGUGAAAGAGAAAGAGAGACAGACACACAUAUAUGCAUAUAUACAGAGAGUGAGAGAGAGAGAGAGAGCGCGCGAGACGGUGACUGAUAGGUAGAUAAACAACAGAUCGAUAGAUCAUCAUCAUCAUUGGGUUGAUCUUGUUCGAUAGAGUGAUAGUAAGAGAGAAAGAUAGACUAGAAAAGAAGAAGGAGAACAACGUAAAAAGAGAGAAACAGUAAGAGACACGGAGAGAGAAGGAGAAUUAGAGAGAGAGGGCGAACAAAGAGAAGAAAUACGAGAGACGAGACCUGGAUACAAAGGAGAGAAAACACACGGAAAGAGGCAAAUAUAAUAAUAUUCCGGGAGAAAAACGAAACAGAGACAAGGUAUAUAAUUAAAAAAGAGGUGGUUGCAGUUCACCUGACAAGGGAUUUUGUCUUCAAUUAAAUGAAAGAAAGAGAGAAAGGGAAAGAGAACAGCGAAGAGACAAAGAAGGAAGGAAGAAAGAAGCCAGAGAAGAACGAAUAACGUGAACCAGCUUCAGUGGAAGACCACCUAUUUUUACACAUGACAUGAGGGCCCAUGACAGAUAUUUAUUUGGAUUGGUGCUGUGUGUUAUUUAACUAACCAACUGGGGUGUUCAUACUUACCAUAAACCCAAUAUUUUACAAGGUUUCCUUUGCUGUGUUGGAUUCGUAUGGCUAACAGUAAAAAACCCAUCGACAGAAUUGACAGCAUUUUACACCUACACAGACCUAUGACAAAGUUAUGUUUGUCUUCAAUUUUUACUAUAUAUUUAGCAGAAUUCUUUAGUUCUAAUUCCUUAUUAUGUCGGACAGUGACGAACCAAAAGAUGGUAAUAACGAACCUUUAAGAAGUAGCUUCUGUGAUUCCACCGAUUCCGAGAACAGCAUCUAUGCGCAGUCGCCAGAUGGCGGCUGGGGAUGGAUGGUCCUGUUCUCGUCUUUUCUGCUGAAUGUUAUCGCCGACGGCUGCGCUUAUUCCUUUGGGGUAUUUUUCACAGAACUCCUGCAGACGUUUGGUCAGAGCAAAAGUAAAACAUCAUGGGUAGGGUCUGUGUUUGUCGGGGUUUCGCUCAUCUGUGGACCCCUGGCUGGUGCCCUCACCACGAAAUUCGGAUGUCGGAAGAUGACUAUUUUUGGUGGGAUCGUUUCUACAACGGGAAUAAUCAUCAGUGCAUUUGUAAAUUCGAUUGAAAUGUUGUGCUUUACGUUUGGCUUUCUCGCUGGUUUUGGUAUGUCCAUCAGUUACGUCACCUCAAUCGUCAGUGUGUCGUUUUACUUUGAGAAGAAACGGGCUCUUGCAACGGGGCUCUCGGUUUGCGGAUCGGGAAUCGGUACCUCCGUUUUUGCCCCCUUGCUCGAAUACUUGAUUGAUUUGUAUGGCUGGAGGGGCACCAUGUUGGUUCUUGGUGGCAUCGUCUCCAAUGUGAUAGUGUGUGGCGCCUUACUGAGGCCGCUAAAAUAUAACAGCAAGAAAAACCACGAUAAAACAGCAAUGGAUAACUUAUCAAAGAUCUCAAAACGAAAUACCCUGUUGAAUUCCACUUUAGAUGAGGGAUUUUCAUCCCGAAGUUAUGAUGCUCAAUUAACAUAUGAUUCCGAUAUGGCAAAUUUAACCGUGUCAAACUCAGUUGUUCAAUUACCUACGUAUAUACAGCUGAAAAGAGCCAGUCUUUCACACGAAGUCUUUCAUAAGCUGCGCAACAGCACAAACCAUGGCGGUGAUGUUCGCGUUGUGCUCGGAGAACCGAAUGUCAAGCAAACAACAUCAUUUCCCGAUUCUUUUUCUACAAAUAAAAUCGUCAACGGACCGUAUUACAUGUCGGAUGUUCUCCCGGAGAAAAACAAAGAUGUCUGGCAGCAGAAGACAUCCGCUACCAAACAGAAGCCUUCAGCAUGCAGCCAGCAGAAUAUUGUUCACCGGAAGGAUAUCUUUUACCGAGGGAACCUGCUCAAACUUUCCCUCGAACAGAAGUCGAGUAGUUGUCCAGAAAUUUCACAUUUAGUCGGAACGGUUAAUGACCAAGACAACACCAGUGACUUCCUGGACUGGUGUGAAAUACUCAAAUCUCAAAAUAUCAGUAAACAUAUGAAGAAAUUGCUAAGAACGAUGGUUAAUCGUUCGAUUCUCACUCAUCCCGUCUUUAUUUUAUUUGUCAUAUCAAACUUUAUAUUUUUCUUCUGGAGUGAUAUUCCAUACAUAUAUAUCGUCGAUCAAAGUGUGAAGAAAGGAAUUCCGCAACAGAAAGCUACAUAUUUAAUUUCUGUCUUUGGACUGGUCAGUACUGUUGGACAAGUCGUUUUUGGAUUUGCUGGCGACAGAGUCCAAUCUCAAUUGACGUUUCUCUAUGCCGUCUCUACUAUGUUGUCGGGUGUGUCUAUCAUUUUCAUGCCGCUGUGUCUGACUUACGGAUCUUUGAGUGCGGUGUCAGCAUUAUUUGGAUUCUUUUCAAGUGCCAACAAUUCUUUAUGUACCAUCCUGCUAGUAGAAUACCUGGGACUGGAUAACCUCACCACUGCUUAUGGUUUGAUGCUUCUAUACCAAGGAAUUGCAAACCUGUUGGGGCCACCUGUGGCUGGUUUUUUAUGCGAUACCUACGGGAGUUAUGAUUACAGCUUUUACGCCUCCGGAGCGUUUGUCAUUCUGUCAGGCCUGAUACUCAUACCGACUCCUUAUUUACGCAGCUGGGUUCUCACAAAACAGAAAAAGGAGACCCAGAACAAAACCCAACAGCAAGAACCUUCCACAUCGAAGUUAAUCAAACGCAAGGUUUUGUCUCAGAUGGAAACGGUUGUUUGAAGAAUACAUCAAGAAAACAAAGAAAUUAACAAACGAAACAAAAAAACAAAAAAUUAAUUAAAAAGAAAACGGAAAAAAAUACAUAUAAUCAAAUCGGUGAAAAAAAAUAUAUUCAAAAAAAAAGUUUCAAAAAUAAAUAAAACAACCAUAAUAAUAAUAAUAAUAAUAAUAAUAAUAAUAAUAAUAAUAAUGAAGAUGAUAACGGCUACGACAGCAAAUGCUUAAGGAAUAUCCACCCAAACAGCGGAACAUAUAUAUAUAUGUAAAUUCUUAAUGAGCACAAUUAUCAGUUUUUUUUUUUUUUUUUUUUU